AUGCGGCCCUCCCUCGCCCUCGUCGUUCCCCUUCUCGCCCGGGCCGUCCCGGCGGCGGACGAGAAGGCGCCGGCCGCUCAGGAUGCUCAGGCCGACCAGAGCGCCCCCGCCGCCGGCUGUCCCAGCGACUCGGUGCACGAUCUGUUGCAGGAAAACCUUCACUGCCCGGUCCACGACGCCGAUGCCUACGCCUCGGCCCAGGUGGCCUACCAGAACGCGGCCUUUGUCGAAAGCGUGCGCGUCUGCAUCCCCGCCCUCCACGGGAAGUCGGUGUUUGAAAAACGGCACAUUCCGGGGACGGGAACGCAUGAGCAUCGUCACGAUCUCGCCUGCACCCUCUCGACCUCCCUGUGGGGAUGCGCCCACGGGCUGCAGUGCCAGUAUAAGCGGAGAUGUGUGCGCGGUCCGAGGCUUGCCUGUCCCAGAAAAUCAAAGGAGUUGCACUGCAAGAUGCUGGACGGCGUGCCCGAGGGGUACGGGCCCAAGUUUGACAAGCUCCGCCUGCUCGUCGAGUUCGGCAGCUUCCCCGCCGCCGGCUCGCUCUACGCCAACGUCAGGGUCAAGGACACCAUCAAGACGGUCAAGUUUGGCAAAACCGUCCGGGGCCGGGUCGUCCUCCAGCACGACGUCGACCUAGAAGGCUUGUUCGGCGCGCAGGCCAUCGACGUCAAGGACUUGUCGUACCUCGGCCUCGUGUACGAACCUCCGGCGAGCAAUGUCCCGUUGACCUUUCUCGACUCCUGCAACAAGUUGGUCAUCAAAGGUACCUCGCCCCCAGCCCCUUGUCGCUUCGUCCCGGACCGCCUUCGCUCACCCUCGGCCUCGACAGAUGUCAAGUUGGUCCUGCACCAAACGGGGAGCGGCCUGGACUUUUCAUACAACCCCGUGGCCGUCCGGGGAGCGCCUGGGACGCAGCCGGAGACUGGCAGCGUCAAGCCGAUCGCUUCGGUCGGGGAAGGCGACGUGCCGCUGACCACGGCUAGAGCCAUCGACGUUUGCGCCCACGCCAUGAAGCCCAUCCUCAACCUACCGCUCCCUUUGGCCGGCUGGCAGACAAGCAUCGGACUUCCGACGGAGACUCUCAUGGAAAAGAAAUGCAACGACUCCAAAGGGCACCCAGGUCCCUGCGGCGUGCUGUCACGCUACAGGCGAUGA